AUGUCGACUCCACCAACGCUACCUGUCACCAAUCAGCAAGCUGCUCAGUCUCAGCCACCAAUCAACACUCCAGCCUUCCGUACCUUCUUCUCACGACUGUCCACCUCGAUCCGUGAUGGCUUAUCACAGCGACGUCCAUGGACGGAGCUCGUCGAUCGGAGUUCCAUGGCUCGACCUGAAUCUCUCACCGAUGCUUUGUCUCGGAUUAGGAAGAAUCUCGCUUACUUCAAGGUUAAUUACGUCGCAAUCGUCUCUCUCGUCCUGGCUUUUUCCCUUUUCUCUCAUCCUCUCUCCCUCCUUGUCCUCAUCGGUCUCCUCGCUGGAUGGAUGUUCCUCUACCUCUUCCGGCCAUCAGAUCAGCCAUUAGUCGUCUUUGGUCGCACUUUCUCUGACCGAGAGACGCUGCUUGGUCUUGUUUUGUCUACGAUUGUUGUUGUGUUUAUGACCAGCGUUGGAUCUCUCUUAACCUCUGCGUUGAUGAUUGGAGUUGCAAUUGUUUGCUUGCACGGUGCGUUUGUGGUUCCGGAUGAUCUGUUCAUGGACGAUCAAGAGCCUGCUAAUGCUGGAUUACUCUCGUUCCUUGGUGGUUCUGCUACUUCGGCUGCUUCAGCUGUUGCAGGGAGAGUUUAA